AUGGGAUGGGUGACUCCACAUAACGGGUUCGGCUGUGGAGAGAUGCUUUGCACUGUCUUCAACACGAACGGCGCUGUCUUCCGUCGAGGAAGUGCUGGACCUGCCGCUCCUUCCUCUUCUCGAGACUCGUUCGUCCGCUGGCAAACUGUACCAUGCGGCUCCUAUUUUUCUGGAUGGCACACCGUUUCCAUGCACCUCCAACACCCGAAGGCGUGUUUGGCCAGCAAAAAACGGAUGACACCUUGCGUUUCAACGGGGCACCAACUUUCCAAUCGCUUCGCCGUUCACGACUGCACUGCUCACAUGACACGAGCGGUACGAGUGGCUUCCUCGUGCGAUGUUGCCAAGCGCGACGACCAAAAUGUUCAAAAUCGCACGCCAACUCCUCCCACCUUGUGGAUUUUGUCGAGGGACACGUCGAGGAUCCUGAUCAGUACGGGCAGCGGGGAGCGAGGGUGGGCAUCUUCGAUUCUGUCUUCAGGGCGCCUUCGAUCGUUCAUCAUGCAGCUCGUCCCGGUCUUUAUCGCCUUCUGCUUCUUUCGCCUUGGUGAUCCCCAGACGUUCUCGGGGAUCGACCUGAAAACGAUCCAAGAGCUCCUUCGACAACGGGGCAUCCAGACGCCCUCCUUCCUCCAACAGACCCAAACGGAACCGCCGCAGCCCCAACCCCAGCCGCAGCCGCAGCCGCAGCAGCAGUCGAUAGUGACGUCACCAGGUCCCUCCCCUCAGUCCCAACCCCCCCCACCGCCGUCCGCUCCGGCCCCGCCUCCUCCCCCUCCCCCCACUCCCGUGAACCAGGGAACAUUCUCCCAGGGCGACCUGACGCCAUCCGCGUCUAUCAACACCAUCACUCGGGGGAUACAGAACUUGAUACCUUCGUUCGCCCCUUCCCCACCCCCUCCUCAACCCCCCAUGCAGCACUUCCAACAACAACCGACUUUCCACCAG